AGGGCGGUGGGUGGUGCUGAAGGGACAGCUCCGCGGCGGCGGCGGCGGCGGCCCCGGGCGCGGAGCGGGUGCCCGGCGCGGAGAGCGGCGAGCGCAGCCAUGCCCCAGGCCGCCUCCGGGGCAGCAGCAGUGGCGGCCGGGGCCAAGGCGCGGGCCGGGGGCGCCGGGGGGCCGGCGGCGGCCCGGGCAGGACGAUGAAGCGGCAGAACGUGCGCACGCUGGCGCUCAUCGUGUGCACCUUCACCUACCUGCUGGUGGGCGCCGCGGUCUUCGACGCGCUGGAGUCGGAGCCCGAGCUGAUCGAGCGGCAGCGGCUGGAGCUGCGGCAGCAGGAGCUGCGGGCGCGCUACAACCUCAGCCAGGGCGGCUACGAGGAGCUGGAGCGCGUCGUGCUGCGCCUCAAGCCGCACAAGGCCGGCGUGCAGUGGCGCUUCGCCGGCUCCUUCUACUUCGCCAUCACCGUCAUCACCACCAUCGGCUAUGGGCACGCGGCGCCCAGCACGGAUGGCGGCAAGGUGUUCUGCAUGUUCUACGCGCUGCUGGGCAUCCCGCUCACGCUCGUCAUGUUCCAGAGCCUGGGCGAGCGCAUCAACACCUUGGUGAGGUACCUGCUGCACCGCGCCAAGAAGGGGCUGGGCAUGCGGCGCGCCGACGUGUCCAUGGCCAACAUGGUGCUCAUCGGCUUCUUCUCGUGCAUCAGCACACUGUGCAUCGGCGCCGCCGCCUUCUCCCACUACGAGCACUGGACCUUCUUCCAGGCCUACUACUACUGCUUCAUCACGCUCACCACCAUCGGCUUCGGCGACUACGUGGCGCUGCAGAAGGACCAGGCCCUGCAGACGCAGCCGCAGUAUGUGGCCUUCAGCUUCGUCUACAUCCUUACGGGCCUCACGGUCAUCGGCGCCUUCCUCAACCUCGUGGUGCUGCGCUUCAUGACCAUGAACGCCGAGGACGAGAAGCGCGACGCCGAGCACCGCGCGCUGCUCACGCGCAACGGGCAGGCGGGCGGCGGCGGAGGGGGUGGCAGCGCGCACACCACGGACACCGCCUCAUCCACAGCGGCAGCGGGCGGCGGCGGCUUCCGCAACGUCUACGCCGAGGUGCUGCACUUCCAGUCCAUGUGCUCGUGCCUGUGGUACAAGAGCCGCGAGAAGCUGCAGUACUCCAUCCCCAUGAUCAUCCCGCGGGACCUCUCCACGUCCGACACGUGCGUGGAGCAGAGCCACUCGUCGCCGGGAGGGGGCGGCCGCUACAGCGACACGCCCUCGCGACGCUGCCUGUGCAGCGGGGCGCCACGCUCCGCCAUCAGCUCGGUGUCCACGGGUCUGCACAGCCUGUCCACCUUCCGCGGCCUCAUGAAGCGCAGGAGCUCUGUGUGACUGCCCCGAGGGGCCUGGAACACCUGGGGGCGCGGGCGGGGGACCCCUGCUGGGAGGCCAGGAGACUGCCCCCUGCUGCCUUCUGCCCAGUGGGACCCCCCACAACAUCCCUCACCACUCUCCCCCAGCACCCCCAUCUCCGACUGUGCCUGCUUGCACCAGCCGGCAGGAAGCCGGGCUCUGAGGACCCCUGGGGCCCCCAUCGGAGCCCUGCAAAUUCCGAGAAAUGUGAAACUUGGUGGGGUCAGGGAGGAAAGGCAGAAGCUGGGAGCCUCCCUUCCCUUUGAAAAUCUAAGAAGCUCCCAGUCCUCAGAGACCCUGCUGGUACCCAGACCCCCACCUCCGGAGGGGACUUCAUGUUCCGUGUAUGUUUGCAUCUCUAUUUAUACCUCUGUCCUGCUAGGUCUCCCACCUUCCCUUGGUUCCAAAAGCCAGGGUGUCUUUGUCCAAGUCACCCCUACUCAGCGCCACUCCCCUUCCUCAUCCCCAGCUGUGUCUCCCAAUCUCCCUUCGUGUUGUUUUGCAUGGCUUUGCAGUUAUGGAGAAAGUGGAAACCCAGCAGUCCCUAAAGCUGGUCCCCAGAAAGCAGGACAGAAAGAAGGAGGGACAGGCAGGCAGCAGGAGGGGUGAGCUGGGAGGCAGGAGGCAGCGGCCUGUCAGUCUGCAGAAUGGUCGCACUGGAGGUUCAAGCUAACUGGCCUCUAGCCACAUUCUCAUAGCAGGUAGGACUUCAGCCUUCCAGACAUUGCCCUUAGAAUCUGGAACAGAAAACUUCAGACUCACCAUAAUUGCUGAUAAUUACCAACUCUUAAAUUUGUCAAGUGAUUUUUAGCCUCUGAAAAGUCUAUGCUGGCCACUGAUUCCUUUGAGCCUCAAAAAACCCUACUUAGGUCAUCAGGGCAGGAGUUCUCACUCCCAUUUUACAGAUGAGAAUACUGAGGCCUGGACAGGUGAAGUGACCAGAGAGCAAAAGGCAAAGGGGUGGGGGCUGGGUGCAGUGGCUCACACCUGUAUUCCCAACACAUUUGGAGGCUGAAGUUGGAGGAUUGCUUGAGCCCAGGAAUUCGAGACCAGCCUAGAUGACAAGUGAGACCCCAUCUCUACAAAAAAUAAAAAAUUAACCAGGUGUGGUGGCACGUGCCUGGGAGUCCCAGCGACUUGGGAGGCUGAGGUGGGAGGAUUGUUUGAGCCUGGGAGGUCGAGGCUGUAGUGAGCCCUGAUCGCACCACUGUACUCCAGCCUGGGUGACAGGGCAAGACCCUGUCUCAAAAAAAAAAAAUGGCAAAGGGAGACAAGAGCCCAGCCAACUUGUUCCUAGCUGAAGUGUUCUUUCCUUCCAGCUUGGCCAGCUCUUAAAAGCAAAUCUCCUGCAGUGUACAUCCUGGCAUUGUGUGGCUACCUCGGUUUUACACCAGAAUCAGAAGUCCUGGGUCAGAGGGCACUGCUGAGGCUCAGCCUCUUCUCUUCUUGGCCAAGAGGCAGCAGCUCUGAAUGGGCCCCUGAGGCUGCACAGGGGCCUUUAUCACUGGGGUGCAUGCUUACAAACAGUGCAGUUCUUGGGACCAAGGUAAGCAGGGCUGGGUCUCACGGCAGAAAGGCCAGGAUCUGGGGCUCUAGGAAUUUGAGAAUUAGGCAGAGUGGCCAAGAAAGCUGGCAGGCAUAUCCUAUGGGACAUCACACCUGGCACCAUUGUCAUUGUUGGUGCCUAUGUCCCAAGUAGCUAGUGAUAAGCUGAGGCUGCAGCAAGAAACACCCUUCCCAGGUGGGGGAGUUUGGACCAGAGGUGCCCUCUGCCCACCACACCUGCAACCCAGAAGCCCAGAUGGAACUCAGCUGACGAAGGUGAUGCUCGAGGCUCACUUUUGGGGCCCCACAGCUGGAGCCGGUAUAGUGACUGGGACAACGUCAAGGGGUGGAUGAGGGGCCUCUCCUCCCACAACACUGCCUUCCCAUGCUGUUCCCCUGCCAGCUCCUUAACACUGCCGACCAAGGCCAGCCCUGGCAUUCAGGGAAGUUGGAGGGCAGCACCCACAGGGUGGCCAGCCUCAGGCCACACCCCAGCUGUGUCCUCUAGUCUCUAGGGACCCCUGGGGGGAAGAAGUCUACCCUGCUUGUGAGUCCCAUCUUGGUGUGGAGGAACUGGCUGCCCACAUGCCAGGAAAGCAGGGCCCAGGACCUGGAGGUGCCCUCUGUGUUUAUGUUGGGGGUGGGGGGGGCAGUGCUGGCUGCCUCUGUCCUGUGUGUGACCCUGCCCUCGAAGGGUCCUGUCCUGUCAGUCCCGAGGGAGCCACAACCAAAGCUGCGGGGAGAAGGUGGGGAAGGGUGCGGAAUGGCUGUGGGGCACAGCAUGGCAGACUGUUCAGUCUCUGCUGGGUCUUUCCUAGGGACCUGGAAGGCCAGUGUUGCUUCCCCCUCACUCCCUUUCACUGCAGGCAGCCUCUCUGCUUCCCCAAUGCCUUAUGCCUGGGCACACUGCCACAGAAUAUGCAAUAUGUGUGGGUGACCAUGCCCUCACGCCCACACCCCCACCCCAGGCAGCCCCCGGACUCCAAAGGCAGUGGCUGCCACAGCCUCCCCUCAGCUCUUCCUGCCUAUCUGUCUUCACACUGAGAAUGGCGCCCAAUAAAUGCUAUCCACGGAGACCAGGCUCAGGCUCCAGCUGCCUCUGUCACCAUAUGCCCUUGCUGCUACCAGGGAGGGGCCAUCUCCCACCCCCUCCCCUGCCGGGGUCUACAAACAUACCUAGCUGCUGGGCGCCGUGGCUCACAGCUAUAAUCACAGCACUAGGCAGGCAGAUCACCUGAGGUCAGAAGUUCAAGACCAGCCUGGCCAACAUGGUAAAACCCCGUCUCUACUAAAAAUACAAAAAUUAGCUGAGCGUGGUGGCGCGUGUCUGUAGUCCCAACUACUCGGCUACUCAGGAGGCUGACGCACGAGAAUCACUUGAACCCGGGAGGCAGAGGUUGCAGUGAGCUGAGAUCGCACCACUGCACUCCAGCCUGAGCAACAGAGUGAGGCCCUAUCUAAAAAAAACAAUAAUAGUAAAAUAAAAUAACAUGCAUAGCUGACUCGCCAUGGGCUCUCUGGCCUGUGGGUGACACUGGCUUCCCUUUUGGGAUUUCCUAGAAGAUCCAGAUUUUCUUAAGUCCCCCUGGAACAGACUAAGAAAGAAACACCUUAGAAAUCACCUGGUCCUAUUGUCCCCCCGUACAUGAGUAACUGAGGCCCACGGAGAGCAAAUCACCUGCCUGAGUCACACAGCAGUGAGUGGCAGACCUAGGCUAGGAACUAGAACUGGGGAUUCCUAUUCCAGUGCUCCCCAUCCUCACACAGCCUGCGGAGUCCGCCUGGACACGCCCAACCUGACAGUGGUACCUCCCAGUCAGCCAGUAGUAUGGAUUCCUUCUCCUGCAGUAGGGGCCCCCUGGCUGAGUGACCUGAUUGACUUAAACAUAUGUCUUUGAAGGAGAGUGCAUCACAAGCACCUUUCUUUGGGGAAGAUUUUUCUCUGGGUCUAGAGGGACACCUCAGGCUUGGGACUGGGCCUCAGAGCCCAGGACAGACCCUGAGAGCAGACCCACCUUACCCAUCUGGUGCCAGCUCCCCAGGUCAGCUACAGCGACCCCCGAACUUCAUAGAGUACAAUCCACAGUAAUAGCACACAGCUCCGUACCUAUCUAGCUCCAUGCCUAUCUAUGUGCCUACCUUUCACAAAAUAAUUCUCAGCAACCCUGCUACAGCCAAUGACUCUAAUAUGUUCUGUUCUAUUACAUGUUAUAAAAUCUGGUCACGAUCCACUAAAUUGAUGUCUGUACCUGCUAAUGGUUUAAUACCUGCAGAUUGCAAUAACUGGAGAAAUAAAGGGAGUGGGAGUAGGGACACUUUCUCCCAGUGCCCCCACCGCCCCUCCUUACCCACCUAGGUCAACUGAAAGAUACAGAGAGGGAAGCUUUGAUGGGGGGUUCAGAGUUCAAAGGAAGAAAUGAUGGCACCUGCACUCCCUGCCCCCAGAGGCAGGACACAGCCAGCCCUCCUGUGACGGCAUUCCUGGCAGCUCCUUGCUGGCCUGCAGCCCUCAGGGGGCUUAGCUGCCAUUGACUCACCCACUCCUAAGGCCACCACAUCAAAAUCUGAGGCUUACUGCCCUGGCCCACCUGCCUCUGUCUUUCUUAAAACAGCUAAAUGCAACAAUAGCAGAAAUUAGCUUGUUUUUGAGGUUGGCAAUGACCAGUUCAAGGUGACUCUUGUUUUCUUAAGCAGUGCUUGCAGGACAUAAAUGUGAUGACACUUGCCCUCCUUUCUUUAUCGCCUGGGACAGACUUUACAAACAGACCUGGGAGGAGUCCCCUAAGGGGCUGCAUUUAUCCCCAUCUCCCUGGGGGUGAUCAGCAUUGUGGCAGCUGGGCAGAGCAGCGGUGAACUGCACCCAUGUCCCUGCUCACAUCUCCUAAGAGCUCAGAAUCGCCUGAGGUUCUAGCGUGGGCUCCUUCUCUCCAGAUGAUGCCAUCCCCACCCCCCUCAUUUCCACACAGCAUCUGAGGCAUCCUGCACUAAAAGAUAUAUGUACAGCAAAACAAAAAUAGAAAACCAGCACAGCAGAGUGGAGGUGGGGUAUAAAUAUACCCAGAUCCCCACUGAUUUGGUUACUCGGGGUGAGCAUCAGAUGGAAAUAGAAGUUUCCGGGGGCCAAGAGAGAAAGAGGGAUGUAACGACAACUCUUUUCAAAACGUGUCCCAUGGUAUGCCUCGUGGAAAAAAGGGUUUGUUGGUCAAAUGAAUUUGGGAAAAUGCUGUCAAUAUCACCGACUCAUGGAGCUUCGCAAGGCAUAUUAGCUUAAUAAAGAUUAUGAAAAGUC